CAAUAUCAUAAUCUUUUUCAAGUAUUGUAUUAUAGCAACAUCAGCCUUCUUUUCGUUGUCAAGCAAGAUGGCGGAUCAGACAGAGAAAGCGUUUCAGAAACAGGCUACGGUCUUCCUCAACCGCAAGGGGGGGCUGAAGAAGAAGGACAUGCGGCAUUCCAAGAAUGUUGGGUUAGGCUUCAAGACUCCCCGUGAGGCCAUCGAGGGAACCUACAUUGACAAGAAAUGUCCUUUCACUGGCAAUGUGUCCAUCCGUGGCCGUAUCCUUACUGGCGUGGUCCAGAAGAUGAAGAUGCAACGCACUAUCGUCAUCCGCCGCGACUACCUGCAUUACCUCCCCAAGUACAACCGUUUCGAGAAGAGGCACAGGAAUAUGUCAGUCCAUCUGUCACCAUGCUUUAGAGACGUGGAACUCGGAGACAUCGUCACGAUCGGCGAGUGCAGACCUCUGUCCAAAACCGUGAGGUUCAACGUGCUGAAGGUCUCGAAGGGCAAGGGCUCCAAGAAAUCUUUCAGAAAGUUUUAAAAUAAAGUUACUUAUUAAGUA